UUUCCAUUACAGUUGGAGAUCGUACGCAAUUACGGUUACCCAGCAGAAGCUCACAAUGUUACCACCAGUGAUGGAUAUGUUCUCACUAUGCAUAGGAUUCCUUGCUCCAAGUUCAACAACACUAAGAAGCCAAAGAAAGUGGUCUUCCUGCAGCAUUGCAUCCUCUGCAGUUCAGCGGUUUUCGUCAUCAAUGGACCAGGAAAAGCACUUGCAUUUGUUUUAGCAGAUGAGGGUUAUGAUGUAUGGAUGGGAAAUUCAAGAGGAAACAUAUACUCAAGGGAACAUGUCGCUCUAUCAACAAAUGAUCCACGAUACUGGGCAUUUAGCUGGCAUGAGAUGGGUGUUUAUGACUUGCCUACAGAGUUUGACUAUAUACAUGAUGUAACUGGUAAUCCUAAGCUCUACUAUAUUGGCCACUCCAUGGGGACCACUAUGAUGUAUGUGUUGUUGUCUGUAAGACCAGAGUAUAAUUACAGGAUAAACCUAUUUGUAUCAUUAUCACCAGUAGCCUACAUGUCUCACAUAAGAAGUACUGUAUUCCGAAUACUUUAUGGUCCUCUUGGAACACUUCUGCCAGUAAUAUUCGGUCAUUUACCAGCAGGAACUUCAACUGCUAGUCUGGUACAUUAUGGACAAAGCAUGCAAACGGGGGAUUUUCGAAUGUUUGAUUAUGGACCUGCAGAUAAUAAACGCAUUUACAGGGAGAAAUUACCACCACGCUAUGAUAUCGAAAAAAUUACAGCACCAUCAGCAUUUUUCACUGGUGCUAACGAUUUACUUGCUGUUCCUACUGUAAGCAUAACAUCACAAAAUCUGUGA